CUUCAAAUUGAUCGUGGCGUGACUGCUCAACGCGUGUUCCAAAACGCGGCGGACAAGGUGUGCAGUAAAAGAGCCUCACUUUGCUUGCAAAAAAGCAGCUAUACUUCUUCCUCAUCUCAUGAUCCCUGAUUUCCCCCAUAAAUCGCUUGUUUUUGUGCUCGAAUUUACUCACGAUGUACCCUGAAUGCCCUCACGCUUUUUUCCUGGUAGAUACAUAUCUACUCAGCGAUAACGAUGCCCAACUUGUCUCCAGUUACAUCAACCUCAUUUUGCUAUUCUUCGUGCAAUUCAUUUGUCAUAAUGUGACUUUGGGACUCCACUUCUUUGACUCGAGCUCUGAAAGCUCCCCAUUAGCCGAGUCGCCAAUAAUCAACUUUAAAGAGGAGUCAGCUCAGGACGUUCAAACCGAGUUCCUGCAAGCGAUCAAAUCCGCACGAUCGUAUGAAAUUGGCGCCCCAAGUUCCACUCCAAGGUUCAGUCACAUCCAAAGCGCGCUCAAGCAAUUGGUCGAUAGCUUCCCGGUCCAUUCGCUCUCGUAUACAUCCAAUCAAAGCAAUCCCACAGCUUCGGCCUACAAUUGCAUUUAUAUCAUCAGCAAGCGCCCCCGCAGCCUCCAAGAUUUGGACAUCUUUAUGCACGGCUCCCAACAGGCUCUCCAGAACAAUAACGAAUUUCAAGUAACAGCCUCUCAUAUUUCAAAAAUGGCUUCAUCUCUAAAAGACCUGCUUGGCGACAAAUGCCGUAAACAUCACGCUUCGCUAAACUGGAUCGAUCCCACAAAAUUCGAAUCUACCAUCCAGCCACAGCUGAUUGAUUCAUUCAUUGAGUACGGAUUUCAUUCGGUGCUACGAAACAUUGGUGGCCGUUUCGUGCCUGAGCAAGUCAUGCAAGUGCAGGACGAUCCUGAAAGCGGAGUUUUCUCGGGCUUUUUUGCCAAUUAUAUUUCCAAGACGCUUCAACAGAAGCCACUCCCAGCCAUUCUUUCCUCCAGAGCGCUCAUCGAAGAAGAAGAUGUAGCAAGAUUACUGCAUGAGAAUUUGCAGCAAGGUCGGGAGACCGGCGUGCAUGUGACUGCAUCUGACUACGGAAGCCCGUCUCGUCUAUGCGCGGCCACAUUAUCUUCCACUAUGCCUUCGACGUUUCCCUGUUUACCCGUUUGGGUUCAACACACCACCACACUUGACAUCAAAUACGUUCUUCGAAGCUCAGACAUUGAAUCUGAUUGGCUCGAAUCGCCAGACCUUCCCGCGGCAAACUUUGCAUUAACAGGACAACCUGAAAACGCCGGGCUUAUAAAAAUGAACCAAUAUCUAAAAUCUCAUGAAGCCGUCUUAUUGGUUCAAUUGAAAAGCAAGAAUAUGCCAGACGGCCCCUUGGCAAUUGUAGCCCCCAAGCGGAGCAAUGAAGGACGUGUGACUCUUGUACGAUCGAGCUGCGAGCCAUCGCUGGGACGCCUCAUCACCGACACCUUUCUUUUUUACAUUCAAGGAAAAGGCGUUAGCAUCGAACAUUUGUUCGACGCUGUGACUUCCAGUCCCAGGUCGGUGCAUGAAGAAAUUUUCUGGUCAAGAGUGACAGCGCCCACCGACGUCGAUGAUGAGGAUGUGGAUGAUCAGCUGAGAUCGUUAACGGAUCGUGCUCCCAGCGUGUAUAUGCGACGUUUAAAUGAAUAUGAAAUGUCGUCAACCACUGAAAGUCGCGAAAACACGCCACCUCUAAUGGACUCCCUUUACGACGAGGAGGAGACGGGGGCACGAGGCGUGAAUCAGAGCUGCUCUGAGCAUGAUAUCGCAACCGAUCUCAACACCAUUUAUUAUGAAGUUCUUUAUCAGGAAAUGUGGUCCUUGGAGAAGUACAUGAAGUGGAUCACUGACUAUAUGCGACACAUCUUCCAAAUUUAUCCCGCAUCACCACGUGAACAAGUUCUGGAGGCGCUCGUGAGAGCCAUCCAAAGCCGGACGCUGUCCGUGGGUGAAUUCGAUUCGAAGUACUGCGAGACUGAAGUGAAGACAGAAAAUUCACCGUACGAUUAUUAUGGAAGAGAAGAAGCAAAAUUUUUCAAAGAUUGGAAGAAUGCGAACACGGUGAAUGCAAAUACAGAAGAUGCGGAGGCAUCAUUACUUGCUUUGAAGAUACGAGAUGCCAAAAUGCAAAUGGUUUUGUUCAUGUGUCUACUUGAACUCAAAGAAUACAAGGCUCGACGCAGAAAGGCCAAUAUCAAAAGUGAAAAGAGGGAUCAAGAGCCGGAUAUCGAUGCCAACGAUCUGCCAAAAACCUACCUCCGCAUGCACUGGGGCCAGUAUCUACAUCGAGUGCUUAUGUGGAUAGGCACUAGUGAUAUUCAGUCGACUCUUGCUAUCCGAGAUGCGUAUGCAGCCGCUUACGGCCACAAACGCCUCGAUCUGUGCGAUAUGCUUGUCGAUAUUUUUUAUUCGAACCUUCAAAGACAUUUUUUCAGUCUGCCAGAAUUGCUACAUUUCAUGGGGGCAAAAUUACAACACUUCGAGAAACACGGAUAUCAAAAGCCGGAAGAAGAUCGACGAAAUUUAAAGCGAAAAGGAUCCCCGGCGGUCGAUCCAAGACCAACCGUGAAAAGAGCCACAAGCGAAACAUCGGUUAUUCGGGACAGAAUUUCACCAAGUCCGAACCGCUCAUGUACACGCUCGUCACAAACAGCAUCCGCACACAGAUCGCGAAAUCGAACCUCGCGAAGCGCGACUGGCCCCCAUUCUACAUCAACUACACGUACACACUCGCGGCAACCCAAUUCACCGACGACAAAUACAAACAUUAUCCAGGCGCCAAAUUCGCCCAGUGCCAAUGGCAGCCAAUCAAGUGUACAAACAACAUCGCGACAACAACGUUUGCCGACGAUCGAUACAGAUCCUAUUCAAAGCCAUGGUUCGUCAAGCUCUAGCAGUGCCGGCUCAAAUGUACAUACACCGAUACAACAACCAAAUUCGCCGGAUCCAUCCAUUAUAUAUAAUCCCAUGUCAACAAGUCCUUCUGGUUCCACUACUACGCCGACUUUCAUUCCGUCACAACAGCAAUCUUCAACGAUCGACUACACAACUUACCCACAGAACGAAGCCUCUUUAACGGCAAGCGGUUUUAGAAGUCAUUUAUCACACACAUUGCCACGACGACGGGCAUCUAUGCCUUGUAAUCCAUCUGGUGUACAACACGGCGUCUCACCAGAAAGUGGCACUUCGAAAGUCAUUAAGCGUUCGCAACGACGUAAUUCCUGGCCGAUCUUCCCUCCUGCAAAUCUACAAACCGAGUCUUUACGUCGUAAAGGAAAGCAAAGAGCAUGGUUCACCGUACCGCAACGAUCAGGCUUCUCACGUCAUGUAGCUUGAUGGUGAUAUAUUGCACAAAAGUCAAGUUGAAAGGAUACAAAACCGGUGAACGAAAAAAUUUCAAUAACGAACAAUCCAGCAAAAUGGAAGUCGGGCUUAUGGUACAGAGCAAGACGCAGCCAAAUCCAAGCGACCAUGGCACUACUUGUGUGAUGGAUUUUUAUGCUUUUAUUUUCUCUGGCGUGAAUUCUUUUCCCUAUCUUUAUUCUGGU